AUGAGGUGGACUGUGCCCGUCCUAAAACACGGAUGUGGCAGCAGCAUGGUGGACCGUGUCCUCACAUGUGGAUUUGCCAGGGGUGUGGCCGACCGUGUCUUCUCAUCAGGCUCCGCGGAGGCUUGGUCGAUCAUGUCCCCACACGGAAUAUGGUGGGACCAUAUUGCCAUGCAGUCAGUAGUAUGGCAGAGAGGUGUUGGCCUGAGGCGGCAGAAGACCGUCAAACCCCCGGUCAUGGGGGCCCUUUCUGCCCUGACCUCUCGGAUUCUCGAGAGGGUGAUUGGACCACAGAGGGUGGCUAGACCACUCUCGAUCCAGCUCUUGACCGUGCAGCGGGUGCUGCUGCACGGCCUCCGUCUGUGCGCCAACUCACUGCUCCACGUUCCCAUGUACGUUCUUUCCCACUUCAGUGACGUCACAGUACUUGAGUCCCUCCUCUUGCCUCGAGGGCCCUCCCCACACCUCCACCGAUGCUGUAUGAGAGGCUCUCCAUUCAGCCCCACGACCCUCCAGUCCAAUCAUCUUCGGUUCCAGAGACCCAAUGACUUCUCACCCCCUUUUCGCUUUGGGACUGUGCCCAACGGCAGCACAGAGAGGAAUAUUCGCAAUAACUAUGCAGAAAUGCAUGCCUACAUGGGAAAGUUCAACCAGAGGGGUGUAGAUGAUGCAUUGCUCUCCCUGAAAACAGGGAAACUGGAUGCCUUCAUCUAUGACGCAGCAGUGCUGAACUACAUGGCAGGCAGAGAUGAAGGCUGCAAGCUGGUGACCAUUGGCAGUGGGAAGGUCUUUGCUUCCACGGGUUAUGGCAUUGCCAUCCAAAAAGAUUCUGGGUGGAAGCGCCAGGUGGACCUUGCUAUCCUGCAGCUAUUUGGAGAUGGGGAGAUGGAGGAGCUGGAGGCUCUCUGGCUCACUGGCAUCUGCCACAAUGAAAAGAACGAAGUCAUGAGCAGCCAGCUGGACAUCGACAACAUGGCGGGAGUCUUCUACAUGCUGGGGGCAGCCAUGGCUCUCAGCCUCAUCACCUUCAUCUGCGAACACCUUUUCUAUUGGCAGUUCCGGCAUUGCUUUAUGGGCGUCUGUUCCGGCAAGCCUGGCAUGGUCUUCUCCAUCAGCAGAGGUAUCUACAGCUGCAUCCAUGGGGUGGCUAUCGAGGAGCGCCAGUCCGUGAUGAACUCCCCCACCGCAACCAUGAACAACACGCACUCCAACAUCCUGCGCCUGCUCCGCACGGCCAAGAACAUGGCCAACCUGUCUGGUGUGAACGGCUCCCCCCAGAGCGCCCUGGACUUCAUCCGGCGUGAGUCAUCGGUCUACGACAUCUCCGAGCACCGCCGCAGCUUCACACACUCUGACUGCAAAUCCUACAACAACCCGCCGUGCGAGGAGAACCUCUUCAGCGACUACAUCAGCGAGGUGGAGAGAACUUUUGGCAACCUGCAGCUGAAGGACAGCAACGUGUACCAGGAUCACUAUCACCACCACCACCGCCCCCACAGCAUCGGCAGUGCCAGCUCCAUCGAUGGGCUCUACGACUGUGACAACCCGCCUUUCACCACGCAGCCGAGGUCCAUCAGCAAGAAGCCCCUGGACAUUGGCCUCCCCUCCUCCAAGCACAGCCAGCUGAGCGACCUGUACGGCAAAUUCUCCUUCAAGAGCGACCGCUACAGUGGCCACGAUGACUUGAUCCGCUCCGACGUGUCUGACAUCUCCACCCACACGGUCACCUACGGAAACAUCGAGGGCAAUGCCGCCAAGCGGCGCAAGCAGCAAUACAAGGACAGCCUGAAGAAGCGGCCGGCGUCGGCCAAGUCCCGCCGGGAAUUUGACGAGAUCGAGCUGGCCUACCGCCGCCGGCCACCCCGCUCCCCGGACCACAAGCGCUACUUCAGGGACAAGGAAGGGCUACGGGACUUCUACCUGGACCAGUUCCGCACCAAGGAGAACUCCCCGCACUGGGAGCACGUGGACCUGACGGAUAUCUACAAGGAGCAGGGCGAUGACUUUAAGCGCGACUCGGUCAGCGGAGGAGGGCCCUGUACCAACAGGUCUCACCUCAAACACGGGGCGGGCGACAAACACGGCGUGGUCAGCGGGGUCCCGGCCCCCUGGGAGAAGAACCUGGCCAACGUGGACUGGGAGGACCGCUCGGGCGGCGGCAACUUCUGCCGCAGCUGCCCGUCGAAGCUGCACAACUACUCCGCGUCGGUGGCCGGGCAGAACUCGGGCAGGCAGGCGUGCAUCCGCUGCGAGGCUUGCAAGAAGGCAGGCAACCUGUAUGACAUCAGCGAGGACAACUCCCUGCAGGAGCUGGACCAGCCGGCUGCCCCUGUGGCGGUGACGUCCAAUGCCUCCACCACCAAGUACCCCCAGAGCCCGACCAACUCCAAGGCCCAGAAGAAGACCCGGAACAAGCUGCGUCGGCAGCACUCCUACGACACCUUCGUGGACCUGCAGAAGGAAGAAGCCGCCUUGGCCCCGCGCAGCGUGAGCCUGAAAGACAAGGGCCGCUUCCUGGACGGGAGUCCCUACGCCCACAUGUUUGAGAUGCCAGCUGGCGAGAGCACCUUUGCCAACAACAAGUCCUCAGUGCCCACUGCUGGACACCACCACCACAACAACCCCGGCGGCGGCUACAUGCUCAGCAAGUCGCUCUACCCUGACCGGGUCACGCAAAACCCUUUCAUCCCCACUUUUGGGGACGACCAGUGCUUGCUCCAUGGCAGCAAAUCCUACUUCUUCAGGCAGCCCACGGUGGCGGGGGCGCCGAAAGCCAGGCCAGACUUCCGGGCCCUUGUCACCAACAAGCCGGUGGUCUCGGCCCUUCACGGGGCUGUGCCAGGCCGUUUCCAGAAAGACAUCUGUAUAGGGAACCAGUCCAACCCCUGUGUGCCUAACAACAAAAACCCCAGGGCUUUCAAUGGCUCCAGCAAUGGGCAUGUUUAUGAGAAACUUUCUAGUAUUGAGUCUGAUGUCUGAGUGAGGGAAGAGAGAGGUUUUAAGGUGGGUACGGGAGGGUGGGGCCGUGGGCGUGUGGUGCGCAUGUCACGGAGGGUGACGGGGGUGAACUUGGUUCCCAUUUGCUCCUUUCUUGUUGUUUUCAUUUAUUGACGGAAUCCUGGAGUUCUGAUUCCUUCUAAGAGGGCAACCCUGGUGACCAGCCCCAGCCCUCCCCCGCCUUUCCAGUGCUCUCCUCCCUCUCCAUCUGUCAGUCGUUCCCGUUCCCGGGAGGGAAUCCGGUGGGCUCGCUCAGCACGGGAGGGCAGAGUGGAGAAAGGAGGUGGCUGCGUGCAGGCUUCCUCGGAGCACGGAAGGACUGUUUGCCACCCAACUUGGAGUGCAGCAGGGAGAGAGAUACAAGGAGGCCACGUGAGCGCAGGAUAGCUCUUCCCAAACUGAUCUAGAUGUUUAGGUGAGAAGGCAAAAGCACCCAAAUGAGACCAUUUGCCAUACUGCCCGUGAAUGCAAAGAGGCUUUUGCUAAAUUCUUGUCACUUAGGUGGCAUCCGUGUAGGGACCACGUGCCAAGCAGAGGGCAGGAGGCCAUGUGUGUUUAUAUAUAAGCCAAAAGAAUGUUUCAAUUGCACGAGACUCCAUGGUGGUGAACUGGAACCAAGGGUCUUUUGGUAGGUGACGGAAAGCACGUCAUAGCCAUGUUCCGUGGUGCACUAGAGGCAAGAGAAGAUGGACGACAUGUGCAUGUAUGGCCAUGUACACUUGUACGUGCAUGUAGUCUACACGGGCACGCGGUCAGGGGCCUAGAAAUGUAGAGAGGGCAACCUGGACUCCUAAAGCUGUUUCUUCCAACAUCUCGAAGCAGUGUGCCUCUUUUGGCUUAUAUACAAACAGAGAUGGUCCGAUGCUACCUGAAGGUUAGCUGUCUCUCCCCUCCACCCUUCCUGAGUAAGGAGAAUGGAAGUUCUUGACAUGGACGAUGAUGCGGUCUAGACAAAAAGGUGACGAACGAUCCUACGAGAGCAAGGUGCAAAAGUCACUCCUCUGCGGUUCAACCAGUUUUGAACGAGAACUUUCCAGGAAGGCUGAAGGGAACGGGAAGCAGCCACGGCUCUUUUGCCCACACUCGAGAGCAAAAGAUUCUAUAAAGCUUUCUUGAGCUUUUUAGACGCUGGCCAAGGUUUGGGGAGGAGCUACGUAAAGCUUUGAAGUAUAGGGGAGUUGUUUAUGGUCGGGUAAGUGAGAGAGGGGGAUGUUUUCAAUGCUUUGAUCCCUUCUUACUUCACCUGGAGCUAGGAGAGCUUGCUCCACCAGAACUGAUCACAACUGAUCUGGAACAGACAGUCAAAUGGCAUGAGCUUGCUCUGUGAGUACAGCUCAGGAAACGUGGAGGGAAGGGAAGAGAUUUGGAAGUGGAGAGGGUAGGAGGGGAAGGACUCCCCCACUGCCCCACUGGGUCUGGCUCCCUGAGAAUGUGGCAUUGAGCCCAAUGUGAACACUCUCAGUAGAAGCCCUUCCACCUUCCUACAGAACCUUCUUUCCCUCCCAGGUGUACCAUUCAAGAAUAAAAAUAUAUAUGUAAAUAUAUAUAUGUGUGUGUGUAUAUAUAUAUAUAUAUAUAUAUAUAUAUACACAUAUAUAUUUAAAACUCCAGGGAUGAGGGUACUGGCAGAUGCAAUGCCCCCCUUCACUUGGAAACUUGAGAAGGGAAAUGAAUAUUCGUCACUGCCGGUCCUGAAACUUAGGGAGGGAGUGUCCUGUGGGUCCGUGCCACUGUCCUGCCUUCCUCCCCUUACCCAGGCUGGCAGCCAAAGAGCCCCGGGUCUGUUUGGAAGCUUGACUGCAGGAUCUCCAUGUUGCACACAGGACACAUAAACCAGAAAGGUGCUCAUCCUCCUCUGGAAGGAAGCUGCCAUGCCUCUUCAAGUCACACCCUCCAGGGCUGCUCUUUGCCUUCCUGUUUUGCCCUGAUUCACCACCCUUCCUCCUUCCCUGCCCUUGACUGCUGUCCCCUGUCCUCCUCCUGGAUUUUUACCUCAGUAUCUUUCAUUUUAAAGCCAACUGAAGGCCUUGUAAAGCUAUGUUUUCUUUCUAAAACGAACCUGGGGGCAAGGGGCUGAACCUCUCACAGAUUUGGAGAGAGGAGCACGGAGUGCUUUACCUUAGAUUCAAGGAAAGACUUUGAGAGAGAGGACAGAGGGCGUGAGGCGUCUCCAGGAGGAAGAAGGAGAAGGGCCAUAUAAACAUCGCUUCACCCUGACUCUGUCUGAGGUCAGGGGAUCCUCCCCUCACUCUUCCUCUUACCUCACCCCUUUCAAAUAAAAAACCAAACCAACUAACCUAGCGAACAGCAAUCUAGAACAAAGGGGGCUCUGUCGGUCUCCACUGGUGACGGAAAUCAAGAUGGUGUUUAUUUCAUAUGUAAAUAUUUUGUUUUCUAAUUAAUUUUGUAUAGAUAAAGUGUUCUCUUGUGAGUAUUCAGGGUGUCGGGCUGGAGGGAGUGGGGUGGGGAUGGGAAUGAAGAGGGGAAAAGUGUUUUGUUAUGGGUUUUCAUUUUCCAUUGGGGGAAUUGUUUUGUAUGGCUUUUGCUUCAGGGCAUCUGGGGAAAAGUGUAUGUGAAUGGAGGCCACUGUGGUGAAAAUGCCAGGGAAAAGUAAUCUGUGCCCACGCCUCCCCACCUCACCAAUCUUCUUGGUCUGUGAGAAGUGUCCGUGCCCAUCAGCCUGGGCUUGGCACUGGGUCCGGCCUGGCCCUAAGCAGAACCCAGGUCCUGCUCCUGUCUCCUAGGUAGACCGCGGAUGACCAGCAUUCCAUGCAGAGUCAAGCUGGUGACACCACAUUUGCCCUGUCGGCACCUAGGGUAGGAAAGAUUCCAAAAAAGGGCUUAAAUCAGAAUUGAGGUCAAAUUGACCCUCAAUCCUGAUGUGGCCGAGAGGUUUCAGGAAGCUCAGUCCUGAGAAAUCUCCCAGAAGCCCCCUUGUGAUGUUUAACAACCAUAUCAAAGCCAAUUCUUUUCUUCCUAGUACCUGAGUGCUGGCAACCUCCCUACGCCCUCCCUCACUCCUUAGGUAUCAGCACUGCAAGCACACCCAGAAAAUUCCCACAAAGUCUACUUUUUGAAGCAUGUGAUAUCUGGUGACAGGGAGGCAGCACUGGAUACAUGUCUUACAAAUAUGCAUGCUUUUCUAGAAAAGAUGACCAGAUCUGCUCCAAAAAAAAAAAAAAAAAAAAAAAAAAGAUGACCAGAUCUGCCCAUAGAAAGAUUGCAGAAGUUGGCUUUAGACGUAGAAGGGUGGGUAUGUGAGGGACGGUGCCGAUAGUGAUUUUAUUUUGUCCUGUCCUCGUUUCUGCCCUCAGGAAGGUGCUAUUUGCCUUGAGCCAGGGAUUUGUAACCUGACCUUGGGUUAUUAACCAGACAAACAGAGUUUCUUUCACUGGAUUAUUUGUUUUGUGAAGGGUGGCAGCCUCUCUCUAUCUACCACGGGAUGAAAUGUCCAAAUCCGUUUACGCAAGACGUUACAUCAUAUUUGGUCCUAUCCUCCCAUCAUUGAAAGCUGUCAGCUGGAUCGUUUCAUUUUUCUAAACCUUUUCGUUGGGCCCCUUGGUCACUUCUCUUCAGCUGGAUGCUUGAAUUGGGACCAAAUAAAGUAUUCGUGGCCUGCUCAAGAAAGCUUAAAGAAAGGAAGGCCAAGCAGUGUCGAGUUCUAGAUAUUACUUCAUUCCAAAAUAACAAGCCAGUAAAAUUGCAUGAGGAUGAAUUCAGCAGUAAGCCCCAUCCAUUCCACACUGGGCCUGGACAAAGACCCAAUCUGCCCAAAACUGAGAUUCCACAGACACCCUCGAGAGCACCAAUUGUUCCAAUUUUCCUCGGAAUCCAUGCUUUCUAUCUUUGGUGUCCUCUGUCAUUCCCUUCCACCGGAAAGCGGGUUGGUGGCUCUGAUCCUGUAUCCUCUCAGUGGCAAUGCUUAAAUCUUAGCAUUGCCACCAACCUCAGUUAACGUGCCCCUUGAAUUUGCCCGAGUCAAGAAUGCGCACACCCUUCAGAGUGAUGCAUGUGCAGUGGAUCUCGUAAUUUCAAAGUAUGUCACUGUGUAUCCUCAGCCAGAACGUGGGAGACCUCCUUGAUGUGGAUUCCCCCGUCCUGGCCACAGCCAUGUUGUGAUUGGGGGAAAAAGAAUCCCAAGUGAUUCCAUUAAGUGUUGGUGGUGUCAGUAGUGCCCAAACGCAUGUGUAAUGUGAUAAAAUAGGAGUCUUCUAUACAAUUAGGUGAAUAUCACCCGCCCAGUCUUCCGUGGCCAUCGGGAGUUGCCCAAGGGGGGAAUUCUCCGCAUGGGAGGUGAAGAAACUAUUACCAAAACUGCAGCGUGCUGGUCACCUGCACAUCUCACUUAAGAGCUAGGGUUUCUUUGUUUCUGUUUUUUUUUGUUUGUUUGUUUGUUUGUUUGGUGUUUAGUUAGUUCCAGAUUUAGGGACAGAAUAACCAGAUGGUUUGGGCAACGGCCUUUGGAAAAAGCUAUUCCAGAACUCACUGUAUUCUUUUAAUCCCCUUCUCUUUAAGAAAGCCCUGUCGUUGCUUGACGCCCUGUGUGUGUCUGUCUGGUGUGUUAGGAGUGAUUCCCGUGUGUGCAUACAUGAUGCAGCUGCAUCAUUGGUGAAUGCAUUGGGCAUUUCCAGCCAUUGUGGCCAUAACUUCUGUGCUUUCUGAGCCCAAAGCCAUAUAAGAAAUGUGUGCUCAGUAGACCGCCAGACACUUCGGUAGAGCGUUUGCUUUCUUCACCUGAGUGUCAGGGACUCUUCGUUCUGUCUAAGGAACUGAUUGUGGAUGAUGAACAACUAAAAGUGGACAGUUCUAAUGGAAUGGGCCUGGCCUUACAAAUGGUAUAUGAUCCAUGGUGUGGCUUCAGAGGUCCUGAGAGGACCGUUCCUUUUCAUUGCCCACCCCACUUUCAACUACUGGCUUCCUACACAGACGUACUCUUCUAGCACUGAGCUGCUCGUCUGUCAUUUAAAUGAAAACAGUCCCAGGAAGGGUGACAUAUUAAGCCAUAUUAGGGAUUUAUACAUUUAAACACCUAGUUUACAUUAGGAGUCUCAUCUCUUUUCCUGGGACGAUAAUACAGGAGAAGAUAGUAAGAUGCAAGAGAAGGGGGAGAGAGCAAAGAACACAGAGAGUAACAGAGAAGGGAGUCAAAAUACAGGUUCCAGAAUAUAAAGACAUUUAAACCAUCUCAUCUUCUACCUACUUUUAUUUAAGUCUCAUGUGUUGUAAGAACAGGACUCCUAGCUAGGAAUUAUUUUUAAUAAGUGGUCACAUGAGCGUGUAGUUUGUGAAUCUUAAAUUCAUUAUCUUGUUGGGCAGAUGAAGAACUGUGAGUCUUCCUAUAGAAAAUGGAAGGCUGGCGCUUCUCCUCCUGUAUAGGUGACUGAGUAGGCAGCUAGAACGAUCAAAUCGAAUCAGUGUUAAGAUGACAAAAGUACUGCACUUAUCUGUCCUCUGUCCCGGUUCAAUUACUCUUCCAAUGUGGCACUUGGUCUAUGUUCUGUGUGUCCUCACUGCCACAGGGGGUGCCCAGUGAUAUCUACGCACACUAACUGUUAAGGAGCCACCAUACUACCAAGUGCUACUUAACCAGUGGGCAGUUCUUUCCUAGACGUAUCAGAUAUUUGGGACAUCACUAAGAUGUAGAUUCAUCAGUCUGAACAUGUCUAAUGCCAGUCUAGACCUAGGAUUCCAUGCUAGUUUGGGGUUCCAAUAGAGUAUAUAACAUCACAGGAUAUCUGAAUGCAUCCCACCUCUAUCCCAUGCCAACCGCAUUGACUCAACCACACCAGAGCCCUGUGGAUUCUAUCACUUAAAGUAUCUACACCUAUCUAUUCACAUGACAAAAAAUUAUCCCCUGGAAAAAAAAAAUGGAAGCCAAUGCUAUUUCCAUGCCUUGGAGACAUUAGUGAAGUCUGAAGACUCUAAUUUGCAAUAUUGAAGCAAGGAAAAAGAAUUUUGUCCAAAGAAUGAUGGGUUAGGACAGCAGUACUGGGAAUAAGUGGGAAAAGUUAGAAACCAUCCCUAUUUCUCUGCCAGGAUGUCCAUUUGCAUCCAUCUCACAGCUCAUCACAGGGAGUUUCUGGCACUGUUCUGUGCUUUAAAACAUAAUUGCUGGUGUGAUUAUAGGGGUGAGGACUCCUGAUGAGAACUGAAGGUGGCAAGCAGAGUGGAUGAGUAGAAUCCCCCAUAGCCUUGGGACUCUGGUGUGUAGAAUCCGUGUUCUGGCAAUGGAAACAAAUGGAAACUCAGCGCAAGGAUUAAGGGUAAAAGCGCAACGCGAAGCCCAAUUUAAAACGGUUAUUUUCAAGAUUUGGUUUGGUUUCCACACUUCAAACCUGAACUCUCUUUAUUUUUAAUUAUUUUAAUAGCGUUAUGAUGUAGGGGGUGACGCAGAUUCCAGUACUAUGCAGGAGACAAAAAUAAAAGCUCUAAUUAAAUAUGUUAAUUUCAAUUAAACCAGUAUCUAUUGAGCAGUACAAACGAUGCCCCUGGGCUGGUACUGUGACGAAUAUAAAAGAUUUCCAAAUGGAAUAUAUUAUACUCGCAUAUAAUAUAUGAAUGCAAAAGUAUCAAAUAUUUAAAUGUAUGUAUUAUGUUUGUAUAAAUAGAUAUGCAUAAAUCAGUAUAUUUAUACAUGCAAGUUUUAAUUUUUUCUGGUGUCAGGGUGUGAGUCAAAGAUAUUCUCCAUUAUGUGAUUUAAAAAAAAAAAAAACACCGCAGAGAUUCAGUUUUUCCUCUCAC